UAACGCCGUCUCAGCUGACCUCGCAUCGCCAUCGUCGCGGUCACCCAUUCGUUGUCGACGCGCUGGGCCGCCCUGUCCGCGUCAGGGACCCGCUCUGAUUGGUUCCUGAUUGGUUCACGUUGCGCCAACUUGUCGACGCCGAGAGGCCCCAGAGUGAGGCGAGACCCCUGACGACCGUGAUUGCUCCCCAAACGGCCCCGAAGAGCGCCGAAGGGGCUUUCUGCGCGGCGCUACGCACGUGGCCGUCGAGGGGUGCUUGGCGCGCUCAGCGCCACGGCCGCGUUGACUAACUGGACUCGGACCCUGCCGCGAAGAGUCAAUCAUUCGUCGGACCUCGUCGCGCGAGCCCGCCAUGGCAUGUCCAGCAUCCUGAGUCGCCUUGCGAGCAUCGCCAGCAUGGACAGCUCCGUGGCAGGCCACAUGGCAGGCCCUGGUGGCUGCCUGCCCACGUCGACGUCGAGCACGCCAUCGAACCCCCCAACGCCUCUGCAGUCGCCACUCGAGCCGUGCGCGUCUCAAGCAAUGGGCGGCCAGCGCGGUUCCGUGGCCUCGGUGUCGUCCAACACGUCGUCGUCGACGCAGUCCGUGCACUCGGCCUGCGCCAACCUGCCGGGGUCGCCGUCCAUGUACGGACGCAUCCGAUCUUGGAUCCUCGCGGACACCAGCGACCAGCCCGAGACGUGUCGCGGGGAGCCCGUCACCAGGAAGGUGGAGAAUGUGCGCAUGCUGGAUCGGUACAACAUCAGGAAGCCGUCCCUGGGCAACUUGUUCCUGACCACAACUCACCUCAUGUUCUUCGAUUCAGAGAACAAAAAGGAAACAUGGAUUCUUCAUAUGCAUAUUGGAAGUGUAGAGAAACUACCACUGACCACCGCUGGCUCUCCUCUUCAGCUGCGCUGCAAAACGUUCCGAUCUGUUACCUUUGUUUUGCCCAGGGAAAGAGAUUGCCAUGAAAUAUUCACGUCAUUGCAGCAACUCAGUCAACCUGUUCACAUGGAAGAUUUGUAUUGCUUCAACUACUUGUCAAGUACAGAGAGUCCUCCAAAAUCAGCUGGGUGGGGUACAUUUGAUAUGCAGGCCGAGUUUAAGAGAAUGAAUGUACCUAAUGACCAAUGGAGCACCACUUUGCUGAAUAAAGACUAUGAUCUGUGCGACACAUACCCUCGCAACUUGUAUGUUCCUCAGUCAGCAUCCACCAACAUUCUGUUAGGGAGCUCCCAAUUCCGCAGUAAGGGCCGGCUACCAGUAUUGACAUACCUUAACCACAAUAAAGCUGCUCUGUGCCGCUGUAGUCAACCUUUGUCUGGAUUUAGUGCACGUUGUCUCGAGGAUGAACAGAUGCUCAACUGUAUCCUGCGUACAAAUCCAAAUUCAUCACAUAUGUAUGUUGUGGACACUAGACCAAGAAUAAAUGCAAUGGCUAACAAAGCAGCUGGUAAAGGGUAUGAAAAUGAAAAUUUCUAUGAGAAUAUCAAAUUCUAUUUUUGGGGCAUUGAAAACAUCCAUGUCAUGAGGGCUGGCUUAGCAAAGCUGUUAGAAACAUGUGAAUUGAAGUCUCCCUCCAUGAACAACUUCUUAAGUGGCCUGGAUUCAAGUGGAUGGUUAAAACACAUCAAGUCCAUUUUGGAUACAUCUUGGUUCAUCGCUAAUGCUUUGGAUAAAGGAAUAAGUGUUGUAGUCCAUUGUUCAGAUGGGUGGGACCGAACAGCUCAAGUCUGCUCUCUGGCAGCCCUGCUAUUGGAUCCCUAUUAUCGUACCAUCAAAGGAUAUCAGGCUUUGAUUGAAAAGGAUUGGUUGGGAUUUGGCCACAAAUUCAGUGAAAGAAUUGGUCAUGUUGCUGGUGAUGCCAAAGAAAUAUCACCUGUCUUCACCCAGUUUAUUGAUUGUACAUGGCAACUCAUGUGUCAGCAGCCUGCCGCUUUUGAAUUCAAUGAGCAGUUUCUCUUCACACUUCAUGAUCACGUUUCAUCUUGUCAGUAUGGUACUUUUAUUGGAAACUGUGAAAAAGACCGCAUAGACUUGCGGUUACACGAGCGCACCUUUUCAUUGUGGAACUACAUGACAAACCAUAAAAAUGAGUACCUGAAUCCAUUGUACUCUCUCGAAGCAUGCCCAAGAGUUCUGACUCCAAUUUUGGCUCCUCAAAUCAUAAGAUUCUGGCGAGACAUGUACUGCCGGUUUGAAAAUGAUGUUCAUCCGAGGGAACCUCUCAGUGAUUUAUUACUUGCUACUUGUGAUCAUAGCAGUUCUCUAGAAGAUCAUGUCAAGUUACUUCAAAAGAGAAUUUCUGCCUUGAAGCAACAACUUGCAGAUGAUAGUGGGGAGAAAGAAAAUUCUCUAGAAAACACUGAAGCUGUUGUUGACAACAAAUAUCUUUAUGAAAAGGCAUCCGGUAUUAAUGAAGAAAUCAAGUCACCGAGUCUGGAAGGCAACAAAGAUUUGGUGAAGGUUACUUCUCAUCCUCUCAGUGCAUCUUAUGAAAAUGGUCUGAAUAAUCUUAUAACUGCUGAUCAACUCUCAGAGGAAAUGAAGUCAGUCGCUCUCGACUGGAAAACUCUAAGAAACAUAGAGGAGUGUUCUUGCUCUACUCCUUUUGAUCACUUCAGCCGGAAACAUCACUGUUGGAAAUGUGGAGAUGUAUUCUGCACACGCUGCAUAGACAAAAAUACAGCACUCCCUGGGCACCUUAGUCAACGUGAAGUCCCUGUUUGCCGACCAUGUUAUAGACAAGUUCUUCGCUCCAAUUCCAUUGAAUCUCCCUAAUGGAGAAGUUGGCGAGUCUAUUUAAAGGAGUUUUGUAUUCCCCAGAUAUUUUUUCUUGAGGUGCUCUACAGUAUAUAUUUAUUGCUUGAGAUUUAGUGUUAAAAAUCCAGGCUCAUAGUAUGCUGCUGUUGUUGUAUUAAAUAUUUUAUAAAAGUGUACAUUCAAUUUUGUGGUUAAGUCCCACCUUUAUAUGUUUAGUGAUUCAUUGUAAUGAAUGGAAUACCUCAUAAUUGACUUGUCUUUAGGUUAUUUACUUUUUUUGUGUAUUUGUUUGUAUCUUCAUUCCAAAUUCAAAUUAUGCAGGCAUUGCAAGCCACAGUUAAUGUACUGUUGGCUUUUAAUUCUGUGAUAGUGCCUUUGUGAUAGAUAUAUGUUUGUAAAUUUUAGCCAAAGUGGCAGCUGAUUUUUAAAAUUUUUAUUGUGUUGUUGGAAACUGGACUACAUGAAGGCGAAGCCCAAAUGUAUGUCAGUAUAUUUAUCUUGACCUUCAUACCAAAGUGCGUAGGGUAACUAAGUCACCUGUAUGAAAGGUGCAGAGUAUGUGAGAAAAAAGAGUAGAUUUGAUCCAUAGUUAUUUUAGUGAAUUUUGGACUUGUUUGAGGAAAAGAAGAAUCUGCUAUUGCCCCUUCAAAGUGUGCUUCUUUUAUCAUGGUUCCUAUGAAAUUACUUUUAAAGUUAUCAAUGUCAGUGCACAGUGUGCUCUAGUAAUAGAGGCCCUCUUACCAAAAUAUUGUCAUGACAAUAAGUAUUAAGUAUUAAUUUUAACUGCUUCUGUAUGGUCCAACUUCUUUUGCUUCUUCUGCCAAUGUGUCUUGCAUUAAUCAUGUCCAUGUCUGAUUCAUUGAAGGAGUAAAAUUUAAUUAUCUAAUUAUCAGUAUUUCUAACCAACGUCCGUUUUUAAAUAACAGAAGCUGAACUUCUCCCCCAUUUUAUUCAAAUAUUGUUAGAGACCAGAGAUGAUUACGCUUUUAUAAACCAGUUUCAUCAUUCCUGUGAGGACGCGCAUUUUUGUCUCAUUUUGAAGGCAUUGGCCGUUUUGUAAUGCAAUAGAGUUCUGAGUGUUUGAGUACUGCCAACUGAAAAUAUAAUGUGUUAUUUCCUAAAAGCAAGAAUAAGAACAGACGAUUCCCUCCAGCAAAAUUUCUUGUACCUAGAGUUGUUUUCAUUCAUUUUCUUUUAUUUGUUUCAUGGCAAGGAUGUUUGCCUUUUGAGUGUGGAGUAAAGCGAACUUCACCCAGAAAUUUGUGAUCAGACAGAAUUCUUACCAACACUUGUGAUUUUGAGUAUGAAUCGUGUUGCUGCAAUAAACUGUCUUAGAUGCCUACUUGG